GGACAGACUGGUGCCAGGAUCUUGUAAAUAUGUUUGGCUCAUUUGAUGACAACAAGAGGGGACUCUAGCAUCUAUUGCACAUCGUGCUGGGUUUGCUCAUUUAUUACCAAGAUGUUUCCUUGGUCUGCCACAUUCACUGUGGAGCCUCAGCGUCCUAGUCAGCGCUCGCCUGCGGAGAUGGUGACCCAUACACUCAUGCAGGAGCUGAGCUCCUUGCUGAAGCGCACCGAGCGUUUCUGUCAGGAGAGGGCAGCUGAGAUUCGCAGACGCAGCUCCUGUGUGGACUACAGCUGGCUGGCAGGGACACAGCAGAAGUCCUCAUAUGAGAUCAUGCCUGGAGAGCUGUUAGAGCUUCAGGAACUCUGCUUAAAGAUCCCUCCCUCUCAGUGUGGCCCUGUCAUUCUCAGACUAAGGAAGUUGGUGACAGAGUUGGAACCGGAGGUGACAGAGGUGCCGCGGCUCUUCCGCCUGGUACUGUGUGACUGUCUGGACGAGCAGCAUGAAGACUUAACCUUCAGAGAGAGAUCUCUGCGGGCUCGAGCCAUCUUCUGGAGCCAGCAUCGUAGUAAGAGCGCCUUCUCCAUUGGCCUGUCCUCACACCAGUGCCUCAAAAACCACUGGAGCAGAGGAGCAGCAGAGCAGGACAGAGAAACAGUGUGUGAGGAGGACGAGGCCUGGGCCAAGGAUGAAGAGCAUGGAGUGGUGGUCCCACAUCGCCGGAGAGUCAGGAGCAUGCCUGAUUUUAGUUCCAUAGAGGAGAGUGCACAAUCCUGAGGAAUUGCAAUGAUGACGUAAUUAUGACGUGAAUAUACAUUUGCUGUUGAAAAUUGAUUUCAGCUCAAAAAAAUGUACAACCAUAUAGACCGAGCUUGAAAAGCAGAUGGAAAAAUGAUGACAAUUAGCAAUAUCAGAGAAACAACUAUUAUUUUAUGUACAUAACUGAUGCACACAGCUACUUAAUAACUAGAUGUUAAUUAAUUAGUGCCAAUAUAGCUCAAUUUUAACUGUUACUUUAUAUAGCGCUAUAUUAAAAAAUAAAAGCUAUUGUAAUGGCUGUCCAGCAUAUAGCCUGUAUACCCUAUAACCUAAAAAUAAAGCUUUCAUUUGAUCUCGGUUAGGCCCUUCGCUGCUUCACAUUUGUUUUUUUUUUGUUUUUUUAUUUUUCUCCCCAAUUUUCACCAGUUCUCCCCUAUCAUACAGCAGCUACCAACCCAGCAGGGUGAAAGCUAACACGUGUUUCCUCUGAGACACAUGAAGCCAGUCAACUGCAUCUUUUUAAACUGCUGCUCAUGCUGCGUCACAGGGCAGCGUAACACACUCGGAGGAAAGCGCUCUCUGCCCCCUUCUGCAUGCAUGAGCCCACAGACGCCCAUGUGCCCACAGAUGCUCAAUCUAGUGUUGCCACUGACUGACAGGUGAAAGUGAGCAUCCCGUCUCUCCCACCUAGACAGUAUGGCCAAUUUUGCUCUCUUGGACUCCCAGCUGUGUUGGGAUUCUAACUCAUGCUUUGUAUCUGAAGUCUGUAUAAAAGUUGUUUUGCAACAGUGCGACCAACAUGGUGUACAUGGCAAGAGAAAUUCAUCGUGCAUUAAAAAGAUCAGUCAAACUGGCCAAAAGAACUUCGUGUAUUUGAACGAAUGUUAGUGAUGUACACAUAUCUGCCCACAUAUCCUUGCCAUAGUGACCAUGAUUAUAGCAUGAUUGUAGUGAGCAUGUUAUAGUUUCUAACCAGUUACCUUCCUUUCAAUUUUUUUCAGUUGUACAAAUGAACAACCAGUUAUAGAUAUUAACAUGUCAAUAAGUAUUUUUUAUAGACUUU